UCUCGCCAUGCGUUUCAUCCCGAGGUGGGUGGCCAUUUCCCUGGGCCUGCUUCCCAUCCUGGUGAUGUCCAAUCCCUGCCAGGAUUUCUAUGCCACCGUCUGCGGCAACUGGUCGGCCCUGCAUGCCGACGAUCCCUACCGGAGUCUGCUGGACCAGCUGGACUACAACUAUCACAAAGAGUUGGCUGAGUUACUGGAAAAUGGCAAACAGGAAGAUGAGCCCCACUUUGUGCAGCUGAUCAGGGACUUCUACGGCUCCUGCCGACGACCCCAGACCAAGGACCAGGCGCUGGGGAUCCUGGAGAAGCUGAUCGGGAUGCCCAGUGUGGACGAUGGUGAGCUGACCGUGGGCCUGACCGCCGCCUUCCGCCUGCAGGUUCUGGUGGAGAUGGAGGGCGACAGUAUGUACAGCAUCUGGAAGCAGUUGCUGACCCGCACGGAUUUGGAGUGGAAUCAAAAUGAGACGAACAGGGAUCCCCUGAGCCGGCAGCAGUUCGAUGUCCUGUGGGAAGGUGAAGACCAUCAAUAUAAGGAGUUUUUUUGGCGGGAGUUGAGCAGGCUGGAACUGCAGAUAAUGACCUUUCGAGCGGAUGAUGAAUACCUGGAAUCGUGGGAUGUCCCAGCCUUCUGGAUGCUGCCCUGGCCGAAGGUCAAGCCCACUUACGGCUACAUCUGGUGGUUGGCCCACCUGCUGGCCCGCACGACCAACCGCUUUGUGCUCACCUACAUUCACCUGAGGCUAAAGCUGGCCGAAGGACCCACUGCAUCGUGGCUCAUUGAACGCGCCGAGUGUGCCGAGCAGGCCAGACAGAUCCUGAGCCAUCCCUCCGUUUGGCUGAUGGAGCAGAACCAUCCGCGACUCAAGGAGGAGCCCGUCCUGCAGGGCAUCUUCCAGGAGCUCAAGCAGCGCUUUGGCCAGAAGCUCCGUGCGAAUAGGAACAACUUCUCGAGGCACACACAGCAGUUCCUGCUCUCCAAGUUGGAGCGGAUGGUGCUGCGCCUGAGUGUCCUGCCCAGGAACUGUUCGCAGAGAUCCCUGCAGCGACGCAUCGAUGGCCACUACGAGGGAGUGCACAUGGACCCAGACGACUACUUUGGCAAUCUCUUGGCCGGCCUAAGGCACUCCGAUUCGCAGCAGGACCAAACCAGUAUAAUCGCCAUGAUCACUGGGCUAACUCCUCGGAAAAUGGCCUCCCGGAACAGUCUGUUCCCCGUGCAAGUGCACGAGUUCGGCAGCUUUGCCUCGCCCUUUUACCUGACCGAAAGCAACAUGCUGAUUGUGCCCCUGUCCCUCCUGGGACCGCCCCUCUACUCACCCGGCCAGCCGGAGGUGCUCACCUACAGUGCCCUGGGCUUCAUCCUGGGCCACGAACUGACCCACGGCUUCGGCCCCGACUUGGUGACCUUCAACUCGCAAGGCAAGGUCAGCCACACCACUCGCAGGGAGCUGGGCAGGAACAGGAGGUUCCAGCAGCAGCUGGACUGCCUGGACCGGAAGUUCGGGGGGAGACGCGACGAGAAGUUCUCGGACGCGAAUGGCCUGGAACUGGCCUACUCCGCCUUCUUCGACAGCGCCCAAUCGGAUCGGAAAAGGGAUCGGAGUGGAUCGGCGGGCCAGAAGAGGGGGUUCUUCCUCAACUUUGCCCAGUUCUUCUGUUCCGAUGUGGAGCUCCGGGAGGACAAUGAUGACCAUGGCAGCGAUAGGAAGAGGGUCAACGAUGCAGUGGCCAAUUUCGAGCCUUUUCAAAAGGCCUUCGGCUGCCAGAGGUCAGGCAAUCGCAAUCGCAGACGGCAGCAGUGUCGAUUGUAUUAGUUCAAAUCAAAUAGCCAACUUACUCAUCCUUGAAUACACAAUAAAAAUGCCUGUGCUUUCCGGAAUUACGAGUAAACAGCAAUCUAAAAGUGUGCCCCAGUUCAGGGAAACACACAUUCGAAGGCAAAACGCAAUUGAGUGACAUUUAA